GAUGGACGCUUGACAUUUUAUCCAGGAAACCAGACUGUGGAUUUGCCUUUCAUAAAUUUUAUGAAAAGAUAUGGCACUGUCUUUCUCAAUGCCUAUACCAAUUCUCCAAUCUGUUGUCCUUCCCGCGCAGCUAUGUGGAGUGGUCUUUUCACUCAUUUAACAGAAUCUUGGAAUAACUUCAGAGGUCUAGAUCCAGAUUAUGUAACAUGGAUGGAUCUCAUGGAGAAGCAUGGCUACCGCACACAGAAGUAUGGGAAAUUGGACUAUACUUCUGGACAUCAUUCAGUAAGUAACCGUGUGGAAGCCUGGACUAGGGAUGUUGACUUCCUGCUCCGACAAGAAGGGAGACCCAUGGUAAAUCUUACUGGUGAUAGGAGGCAUGUGAGAGUGAUGGAAGCAGAUUGGCAGAAUACUGAUAAAGCAGUAAACUGGAUAAAGGAAGAAGCCAUUAACCUUACUCAACCGUUUGUUCUUUACUUGGGACUAAAUUUACCACACCCAUAUCCAUCACCCUAUGCGGGAGAAAAUUUUGGAGCCUCUACGUUUUUAACAUCUCCCUAUUGGCUUGAAAAGGUAGCUUAUGAAGCUAUUAAAAUACCCAAGUGGUCUUCUCUUUCAGAGAUGCAUCCGGUAGACUAUUACUCAUCUUACACCAAGAAUUGCACAGGAGAGUUUACAAAGCAGGAAGUGAGAAAUAUUAGAGCAUUUUAUUACGCUAUGUGUGCGGAGACAGAUGCCAUGCUGGGUGAGAUUAUUUCAGCUCUGAGAGAUACUGGGCUUCUUAAAAACACAAUUGUUAUAUUCACUGCAGAUCAUGGAGAACUUGCUAUGGAACACCGGCAGUUCUAUAAAAUGAGCAUGUAUGAAGGAAGUUCCCAUGUUCCUCUUUUAGUUAUGGGGCCAGGCGUAAAAGAACAGCAGCAAGUACCAAAUGCAGUGUCUCUCGUGGAUAUAUAUCCUACUAUGCUUG